UCACUCGUCAAUACAACAACACUGGUGGCUUUUAUCGUCUUACUCGCCAACAUCCUAGCAUUUGGAAAUACAACACCUUGGUAUCGAUGCGGCCAAUAUGACUAUUCUUGCCUUCUCAGCUUAUCGACCAUUGCUUCGGCCCUCGCCCUCUAUGAGUUCAAAUGCGACAAUUGUCAAUUCAAAUGCUCGACCAAAGGAGUUAUCGUCAAAGCACCGCCUGAUGUUCAAAAAACAGCAGUUUGUUGUAUGAAGAAUUGUAUCGACCACAC